AUGGAGAUUGCCCGAAAACGAAAUUGCACGGCGAAGAAGGUGCAAUCCCGUGGGAUAAAUAGACGCCACUCCUUGCUGACCUUUCGUCGUAGUUACGACGUUCCGAGAUAAAUCGACUGAAAAUCGACCAACGAUGCGAAAACGUAGGGGAUAUCUUUUAGGGAAAUUUCGUUUCGCGUUGGGUAUUGUCGAGAGCAGAGAGCUACGCGCAAAGAGCUGUCCAUUAUUUUACCAUCGUAGAACCUUCCUUUUGCUCCUUCUUUCCUUCUCUCUCUCUCUCCUUUCUCUUUAUGAAAUUUUCUCUCAACGAAGAUUGAUGUUCCUCGUUGCUCUUUCUCGCCGAAGUACGCGCCUAGUGCACGCACUUCUAAUAGAUUAUUGGUUGCUAGCUUUUCAUCAGCAACAAGACUGCUGUCUAGAAUCCUGAAAAAUCUGGAAAAAUCGAGAGAAUCGUACGUCGUGAAGGACAAAGAUUGUUCUUCUACAAAGAACAGAAUUUCCUCCAGACAGAAGUUCCAACGUUGAAGGGACAACAAUAUUGGUAUGCAAAGGGUAGCUCCAGAGGCCGUAGAGUGGCAUCACAAACCAAAGGGGUGUCAGUGAUGUCGGCAGCGGAUACGGGGCGUUCCACAACACAACCGGAACCCCCAUGGAGGGUCAACUAUGGGGGCUUACGCUGGCCGUGUAUCAUAAAUUACACGCGUUGUGUAGGUUCACGGCGUGUGCAGAGACACAGAGUGGAACGUGCGAAGGGACAUAUACGUGGGAAUACGUUGCGUCGUGAGCAAAGAAAGAUACUAAUGUUAUAUAGGAGAUGCCACGAGAUAGGGAUGGAGAGAUCGCGGAGAGAGGGGAUGGCGAUUUAUCUGCGGUUUAG